GCCAGCCUCACAUAUCUCAUUCGAUCCCUGUAACGUACGGGUACCUGUGUAUGUGUGUCCGAGUGUGUGUGUGUGCAUGGUGACAAAGUUAGGUUGAAUGUGAAACCAUUGCCUAAAUAGAGGAUGUAAAUUAAAAGUAUGGUCAUGUGAAUAAACCAAACAACCACAAGCACCACGCUGCAGUAAAACAGUACACCAAAAGGUCACACCAGAAGCUUGCUGCUUGUUGGGUGACGAAUCUGUGCAUGCGAUAAACGGCGCCAAAUGGCGACAUUAAACUUAUCCCUUUAAAUGUAAAGCAAGUACUGCUUAGAUGGAAGUAAAAUAACCGAGGCGAGGAAAAUAAUCAGUGUCAGACUCUGAAGGACAUGGCUGAUGUGUAAGCAGCACCCAAGGCCGCUGGGUGGAAAUGGGUAAUAAAAAGGGUUAAAGAAUCGUAGCCGCAUUAGGACGAUAUCGCUUUGCUAAGAAAAUGUUCCUUAUGCUAGGAUGAAGCCAUGCAUGCUGCUGGAUGGAAAUUGUUUUUUAUUUUUAUCAAGGUUUAGUAAAGGUUUUUCCUUAUGUUGCUCGCCGUACUCCGCCGAAUUGACGUAAUGGUUAGGAAUUCGAUUAUUUUAGUAUUUUCAGCGGAAGUUUUCACUCCCGGAGUGAAUCGUUUUUGAAAGUUAUUUUGAAUUGAGUGCACGCUAAUAAGUUAAACGGCUGUAUUUUUGGAAAAUUGUGUACGAGCGAGUUGUUUGUAAAUGUUGUUUGAUUUUAUUUUUUGGUUUUUCAAUCGCCGACCUGCUUAGUGCGAGCAUUCUAGUUCCAGUGUGUGAUUUUACCGAAGGCUGUUAGGUUUAUUUUUAUUUUUCCUCCACUUUACAAAAAUACAGAUGCGUGAGUAAAAAUAACGUGUGCCGUGCAAAAGUGUAGUCCCAAAAAAAAAAAAAAAAAGGCCGGAAAAUGUCAACCGUGUGGCCAUCGAGACGCCAGUGUCCUUCAGACGUCCAAGUGGUAGACAACAAUCGGAAGAAGGCAGCAGCAAAGGCAACACAGCUUAGGCAGUGAAAUGAGAGUGAAAAGUGUUGGUGAAAAGUGAUGCUUGCGAAACAAGUAAGCUAGAUUUGUCCGAGGGCCAUCCUACCCAGUACCAUUGCCCUCCCCAAACCAUCCCGCUUCAGUGUGGCCAUUGUUAACAAAAACAUCCCAUGAUCGAUUGUUUGAACCGCGCGUUCGCGAGUGUUUAGUAUGUUUAGGUAUACGUGCUUGAUGGUUGUGGGUGUGUGAGUGCUUAUUAGUUUACUGGGCCGUCUGAAGAAGGAAUGGUAAAUUGGCCUUUUUUGUUUGGAGCGUUGCGGCAGUUAGUUAUUUUCGGUGAAGUGUAUAAAAAAUAAACCAAACGGAAAACGUACCAUCGCAUCUCGGAACGAGCGUUUGCCCCCCAAAAAACGGGACCGGAUGGGUCGGUAGCUGCAAUAAGCUGCGAAUCGAAAGGAGUAGUGCUUCAACGUUUCUAACCGGUAACCCAAUCAUCUGGCUGCGUGGAAUACUUCAAAACUAAAACCACAUAAUAUCCAGCAAAGAGUCUGGAAAAACUUUCACCCGUCUGACCCAUCGACAAAUCAUCGAAGAGGAACAUUCCUACAUUCAACUUUAUCACCCGGUGUGUGAACUAUUGAAACCAUUUCACUCAAGAUGUGUACGAGGGUUCGCAGAACUAGCAGAAAAUUAAUGAUCAUCAAAUCAAAGAUGAAGUGUCACUGAGCAGCACCCCGUAGCGAAAGCUUUGCUCCUUCCAAUGGAAUUCCUUACCGUUCGCCAGUAACCGUGUAUGUGUGCGCGUAAGUGUAAGUGUGUGAGAUAGAGCGUGUAGAGGGUGUGUUGAAGUGUAGUGUGGCGUGAAAAAAGGUUUUCCACCAACCUGAGUGAGUGAAGCAACGAAGGGGACGCACGAAGCGAAGUGGGGCCGAACCGGACAGUGUGGUGUGGUCCUGCGUCCCGUAUACUGUAUGAUGAAUCCUUCCAACGAUGACACGACAAAAUACAUGGUUUCAUCCUCGUCAUCCUCGCACCUGCAGUCGGCCGCCGCCCUGCUGGCUUCGUCGCUCGGACUCGCCGACGGUGGUCUGUUCUUCAAUCAAAGUGCCCGUGAUCGGGACGUUGGCACACUGGCGUCGUCAUCGGCGUCGGCGGCGGCAGCAGCAGCAGCAGCAGAAUCUGCGCUGGAAAGUGCCACUGCCAGUGCGGACACGCUCUCCAUAUUCGAUGCGUCCGGAAGCAGCAUAAUGUUGCAGGGCUUCUCAUCAACCGCACCCAUCGGCAGCUCGAUGGAGACGCCCGGUGCGGAUGAAUCGAUCGUCGAUGGAGGUGUUAGUGGCGAAUGGAUCGACGUGGUGCUGCUGGUGCUGAAGGCUUCCAUCAUGAUGUUCAUCAUAGUGGCGGCCAUCUUUGGCAACUUGCUCGUCAUCAUCUCCGUCAAACGCCAUAGGAAGUUAAGGGUAAUCACGAACUAUUUCGUCGUAUCGCUCGCCAUGGCUGACAUCAUGGUGGCAAUGAUGGCCAUGACAUUCAACUUUAGUGUACAAUUAACGGGAAGCUGGAAAUUUGGGUCGUUUAUGUGUGAUGUAUGGAACAGCCUGGAUGUCUACUUCUCCACCGCCAGUAUACUUCACCUUUGCUGUAUUUCAGUGGAUAGAUAUUAUGCCAUAGUAAAACCACUUAAGUAUCCGAUAAGCAUGACGAAGCGAGUCGUAGCGAUAAUGUUAUUAACUACAUGGAUAUCACCAGCGCUGUUGUCAUUCGUGCCGAUCUUUGCCGGUUGGUACACCACGGACAAGCACAAGAAGGAGGUGCUGCUGAACCCGGACAGCUGCCUGUUCAUCGUCAACAAGCCGUACGCGGUCAUCUCCAGCUCCAUCUCGUUUUUCAUCCCCUGCACGAUCAUGGUGUUCACGUACUUCCAGAUAUUCCGCGAGGCCAACCGGCAGGAGAAGCAGCUGGCCCUCCGGCAAGGCACUGCCAUGCUGAUGCAUCAACACAACGUGGGUGGGGGCGCGGGUGGUGGCAGCGGGGGCGGUACGAAUGGGGAGGCACUCAGUGGUAGUGGUUCGUCGAAGACGCUUACCCUGCACGAGGUGGAUGCGGAACAGACGCCAACCAAGGAUCGGCAUCUGAUCAAGAUGAAGCGAGAGCACAAGGCUGCCCGAACGCUCGGCAUCAUUAUGGGAACGUUCAUACUUUGCUGGCUUCCGUUUUUCCUCUGGUACAUCAUCACCUCGCUGUGCGACAAAUGUCCCAAUCCGGAUAUAGUCGUUGCACUAGUCUUCUGGAUCGGGUACUUCAACUCCACCCUGAACCCGCUCAUUUACGCCUACUUUAACCGGGACUUCCGGGAAGCGUUCCGGAACACGCUCGACUGCAUGUUCUGUGCCUGGUGGCGCCGAGAAACGUCCCCACUAGACAUUAACGUACGGCGUGCGAGCCUACGGUACGACUGCCGGGCCAAGAGUGUAUACUCGGAGAGCUACCUACGGCCCUCGUCCCAGACGGAUCGGUUCAAUAGCGAGAUCGGUGAGAGCCUGUAACGGCGGUACGAUGAUGUCGAUUCUGAAGCCACCGAGUGUACCCGGUUCUUCGAGUGAAUGGGGUACAUAUCUCUCCUUCCCCCUCUCCCUUGCGCUCCUCCUACCCCCCUUCAUGCCACAUGCCAAAGAAGACUAGAUCAUGUUGUGUGCAACCGGAAGUGGAAAAUCUCCUGUCAGAGGAAACAUGUCACAUGUCGUUACCAAGGAUACGCUACAAACGCUUCUGUUGCACUAGUUAGUACACUAGACCUGUUAAGAGUUUAUACAUCGGAAUCUAUUGCUUGGUUAUGUAUUUAUUACAUUAGCUCAUAGUUUAUUGAGUCGUUUCGAGACAAGUCUGUUUAGUUGUGUAGUGUUGUUUUAUUUUUUAAAUACUAGCUCUAGAACCGGUCACUGUUCUCGUUCGCCAGAUUGUUAUAGGUUAUCAACUUUAGGGAAUAUAAUAAUUGCACGCACACACAGUAUGUUCCCAUUAUCUGCCUAUAACGCUCAGAUAUACGCUGGUGUUUCAUAUACGUUCCCGCAUUCGUCUUCACACAAAAAAGAAUCUAUUCUCGGACAGUUAUUUCCGUCUUCUUUCCAGCAAUAAAAAAACAACGGCAAGUCCCAAAAUUAGCAUACGCUAGCGUAAACCAUCACACUUAAGCGAAGAAAAGUGGAGGUGGCUUUCUUGGCAUCUCCGAAAGGGCAAAGGACAACUGUACGCAUUCGAGGUGCAGCUGUAGGGUUGCGUUAAGAGUGAGUGGAUCUACUCUUCUUCUUACCAUCCCACUCCACUACUACUGAAAGACAGAAAAAAAAUUAGACGAAUCGCUGCCAGUUUUUAUCCAACCCGUGUCGGGGUACGUGAUGCAUUCAUGCGACACAAACCCCAAAACGAAAUGAUCUGUGCACGAUCAGUCUUAAAAGGGCGUGUGUGUGCUCGAAAGGUGUUGCAAAGUGCAACGAAUCUUGGUGUAGAAAGCGUCAAAAAAGCGUCGCACGCUGUCAAGAUGGGAAAAACGGAACGGAAGCGGAUAUGUAAACCAAUGUGACGUAAAACAUAAAUUGUAAAACAUAUAACAGAAAUCAAUUUAGUAUCACAACAUCCUUGUGCAAAACAUUAAACAAAAAGUCGAUAUACAUUCUUAACAAUAUACAGACUCGUACACAUGAUUCAAGAUACACAAAAAACACACACACAGAGCAUAACUAUUCAAAGCGGGUAUUUGUUCGUAAGAAAUUAUAGUCCGUACAUCAAACGUAUUGUGUAGUAUGUAGCAAAGAGAGAAAAAAAGGUGAGAAAAGCCGAAAAGCGAAAAACGUGCGAAUGUAACUGUAAACAUGACACAAGAAAGCUAGUGAAAAAAUGGUGAAUGAAUGUUAAUAUUUAGCAUUGCAGCAUUGUAGCAAAUGUAAUGGUGGUAUCAUUAGACAAAGUAGUAAUGGAAAAUGUAGCCAAUAAAUAUUACAAAAAAACCAUUAGAUGAAUAAGAAUGCCCAAGUUUUCGGGGUUCCUUCGGAUUGUAUGUCGAACCGAUUUACUGAACUGAAAGCAAAGCAUGCAAAGCAAACAGAUCGUUUAGCAGAUCGUAAUCUACAAUAAGUUUCGUAGUUUGUGAAAUGAAGAAAGAGAGAGAGAGAGAAAAAACCCAAAAAACUACAUCGAACGUAAAAUGUAAAUGUAAAGUGAAUGAAUAAAGUGUGUAACAAAAUUUCAUCAUUAUACUGCUACGGAAGGCGUCGAAUCAGUGACAAAAUGUUACCCGUGAGCAGUCUUAACACAAGCAAGCAAAAAAAAAAAAUCAAGUGAAAAAAACAAUAAUUUUCCCUCCCAAGUUGUAAACGAAAAUUCGCUCCAUGGACAAUACAUUCGUGCAAUAUCUUUAACACUCAAUUAUCUACCAGAUCCGGUCGGAUCACUUUUAUGCUGGCACCAUGCCAAGAUAUACACGUGCGACAUGUUGCACCACUUCGGUGGACUUGCAUUCCAUUUGGCGCAUUUUCCAGCGUUGCAUAUCGAUGUCCGCGUGCUUGUAAUGAUUGAUGGUCAAACACAUGCACUGCGAUUUGCCGCGUUGGAAAAGUAAGCUUUUCUGAUUGGUCAGUUUUAAAAGCAACGAUGGCUGCAGGAACAUGGUUUCCUUCGCUUCUGCUGCGAAAAACCCAACAGCAGGGGUUAGUUGUUUUUACUGUUUUGGAACCGGAUCGUUCGGAACGAAUUAAUUGACAAACCGAGGCAGACCGUGUGCGUGGCAUCGUUGUCUCGGAUGGGUGUGGGCGUGCGCAUGUAAAUGCAAUGAAAAACAGAUAAACAUCGCCAGCGACUUGGAACUUGGAACGGUAUCAAUUUAAAAGCAAUCCCUUCGCGAGAUCCAAUCCGCUCGCUCUCUCUCUCUGGAAGGAUGGCGAGGAUUCACUACUGUUGCACUGUUGCACUGUUUGCUUAUAAUUGCCAACGGGUCGUGAUGCGUUGGAAGUAAUUUACAUACCUUUGCCGUAGCGUUCAUCGCUGAUGUUCGUGAUUGUGUCCCGAGAUAGCAAUCGUCCCGAUCGCGAUCAAUGUGGUUCAACACACGAGACGAACAGACGUUUGAUUGCUGAAAGGUUAGCAAACAGCACAAGAGCAAAAACCCCGCCGGGUCAGUUUGGUUGUGAUUCGACUUGAUUCCUUUUCCGGAUUGAAUACAAGAUCGGAGUACGUUCGACAUCGUUUCGUAUGCAAUUUCGGAACGCGACUUCACCAAUAAUGUUGUCGAUGCGUACGAUACACUUUACUUUUCCCGUUGCAAUGAGAUGCAAAUUUCAUUUUGCGCUUUCGAAAGCUUCCAAUUCUGUGCUAAUGCUGUCUGUUUGAUCCCUUUCGAAUCAAAUAAUUCCUUCCCGUUUUUCUCGCGUUUCCCCGAGCAAAAACCCAACAGCAACACACAUAAACACACGUAACGUAAGCUGACGAAGAUAAAGAAUUCAAUAAUCAAAGGAAAACAUACCACCGGCAUAGAAAGUGAUGCAUUUGGAUGGUGCACCUCUGCUAAUGCAGAACUGCUAAAACCGCAAAGCCCUGCAAAAACCGUUACGGUUUUGCAAAACGUAAAGCGCUAAGUUGUUGGAAUAAUACAAAAAAAGCAAUAUUAAGUGUAAAAAAAUCAAGUGAAGUAAAAUUGAAGAAUAAUAUUUAAAACUGCUAGUUCGAGCUGGCGGUGAAAACAAAACCGGUGAGAUGGAAUGUUAGGAUUAUGGUAAUAAGUAAAAGUAGUCCCGAUUAAAGGUCACCGCCAUCGUGUGGGCGGAUGGCCAAUCGUUUAUCAUUCGAUGUGCACUCGUUUUUGAUGGAUUGGUAGAGAAAUACGAGCAGGAACAGUGUAGAACUAUAGGGGUAAUUUCAUCGUCCAUUUUUCUACCCGUCUCGUCGGAAAAUUGUAGAAAUCAUAGAGAAAGAAGAGAGGGAAAAAUACAUCCGUUCAAAAGGGAAAAGUAUUUUUCUUUGAUAAAUGGAGUAUAGCUUUUUUAUUGCAAUAUUUAUUUUGUUAGAGAAAUUAUUAUUUAAAGCAAGUUAAACAUAAAUGGACGAUUUGCAUCAGCGAAUGACGGCUUAAGACAUUGAUCGAAAUAUUUCGAUUAGAGAGCUCGAUAAAGGGAAACGCAUGGCGAAAUGGGGAGUAAUAUCAAAAGCGGUAUAUAAUUUUUUUUACCCUUUGAAGCGUGUACAGUAGUUUCGAAAUAUACACCCAUCACUUCCAAUAUAAAUCAAUCUUCCAAAGGAAAGUAAGUCGUUUCCAAAAAAAAACCUUCCUUCUUUUGAACCUUCCUUCCUUGCGGAGUUACACUAAUGUACCUUUCAUCCUCACCCACUUGCCCGUCUUUUCCCUCAACAACUCCCCAUUUCAAAUCCUCCCACUCCCUUCUAGCUCAUCGUUUGAUAAAGGUAGUGAUGUAGAGAGUACUUCUAAACGUCGUUGUAAAAUGUUGCAUGCAUGUGCAGCUCGUGUUGCACGGAUAUGCUUCGUCUGUAAAUGCCAGAACAUAAAUGGGGCAGACAAAAAACCAAAAACCUUCAAAGUGUGCUGUUAACAGAGAAAAUGCUCGGAUGCUUCCGGUCGGAACUAGUGUGCUAGUGUAUUUUGCAGGUACACGUGGGACGGUUGGGGAGGGCUAUCAAGGGUGUGCAUGUGACAGAGCGAAUGCAGGAUAAGGGUGUGUGUGUGUUUGUGUGGAGGUGCGUAUGUGUGCAGUAGACAACCGUUGCUGCACUGGGUGUAUGCGAGUGAGUAUCGUUGUACAAAAAACAAAGACAACUCGGAAGCGGAAGAGCAAACAAUCAGAAUCAACGCGUAGUGGAAUAUAAUUCAUAAAAUGCAAACAUUACGCAAAGUCAAAAACAAGUAACAAAUCCUUCCCUGUUUUUCUUCCUACGGACAGCGAGGCGACGGAUUGUACAUGUGGGAUGUGUGCGGCAUUACGAUACACGUUAACUAAAAAUAGUAAUACAAAACUUCUUACAAACCCCCUUUAUACAGUACGCACGCAAUUACGCACAACGCGGAAAGGUCGAGUGGCGCACUGGCCGACCGAUAAAUACUGAUGAAUAAAACGCACGCGAAACGUGUGUACGAAGGAGCUGAAGUGGCGAGAAUAAAAAAAAACAGUAAAUAAAGUUGUAUAAACACAGACAGAGAGCAUCGUCCAUCAAAGACACGAAUGGCUGGAGAUGGUUCAAUUCCUUAAAGGCAAAAGCGUUUCCAGUUAACCGCCGGCACUCGGGAGGAAUUGGUCCAAGCGCUUACUGUGUGUGUGCAUCUCGUACAUAAUUAACUUACCCAUGUAUCGUGGCUACCGAAAAUGGCAAAAUGUAACAAAUCUGGCGUUCAACAAUCAAAACUGUUUCCCUACUUUCACCGAAUGUUCCCCAUUCUCCCUUUCUCCCCCUAUGCAACCCUUCAAAGUAGACCAUAAAAAAUGAUACAAAGCAAAUCAUCCAUAGCAACCGAGUUAACCAGUGUGUGUGUAUGUCUGUGCGUGUGUAUGAGCAGGACGGGAAUAAAAAAAAAGCAAAAUCAUGCUACAGCAAUGUAGAAAUGAGAAAUAAGAAGGAGAAUGGGUGUGUUUGUGUGUGUGAGUGCGUGCGUGAAGGGGUUGUAAGUGACAGAAAGGGUUUAGAACAUUCGUAGUAGAAAAUUUAUAUACAAAUACACAAGUAGCGUUAAUGGGUCUAGUCGUAUAACUGAUGCUUAACAAAUAGAUAACUUUAACUGGUGUAAAUGUUAUCCUUAAGAUGGUGUUCAGUUUCCGAAAUCGAACACUAAACCGAACAACAAAACCACAAAGAUCAACACGAAAGCGAAACAACAACAAACCAUGAAAUUACGUUGGUCCUUUUGUAUCGCUUUGUUUUGUAUUUAACCAACUCGAUUCAUUUGGAUCUAAAGCAAAAGUAAAAGUUUCUAUUUAUUAAAAAAAAAACAAUGAAAAUCGUUAGUAGUGAAAGGUGCCAUAAAGGUUCAAAUGCUAAAAAAUGAAGUGACCCGACAUGAGGUGAUAAGAGUGAGAUUAUCCUGAGGAUAUGGAUAAAAGCUCUAGGAGCUCUGAAGAUUCUAAAUUUGCAGCAUGAGAAACAAAAACCUAACAAUCCAUCAGCGAUCACGUUCUUGGGUUCCGAAAGCACAAAUUAAAAAUCGUUCACACAUGGAUGGUAUGCAUUUAUUUCACCUAUGAGCGGGAAGAGUAGUAAGGACUCAUCCAAUAUCUAUGAUACCGAGAACAGAGUAAUAGAGAACGGAGGCUCCAGCCAGCCGUCCAGUACGGUAUGAGUGGAAUUGUUGCUGCGAGCUGCUUAUGGUGUUUUAUUUUAAACUAGGAAAAAGACUAAAAGGCCGUUGUAUCAGAGCAACAUUUGAUCAUUAGAGUCGAAGCUUAGCGUAGAAGACAAAAAGCGUAUAAUUAUUUAUUAAGUCUUCUGAUUUUCCCCCCGCCCUCAGUAAUGGUGACGUUGAAUUGAAUGCGUUUCACUGAAUAAAACAGAAAUGAUUAAAAUGAUGUAAACUUUA